AUGCAAGAAAUUAUUCUGUUUUCUGCUCUCUUAUCUGAAAUGACUUUCACAUGGUACAAUGAACCGAAAAAAUGGUCUGUCAAUCAAACAACUAUCAAUGUUCAUACCGACAAGAAUACUGACUUUUGGCGGAAGACACACUAUGGCUUUGAGCGUGACAGUGGCCAUUUCUACUAUCACUCAUUGCCAGGAGAUCAAUCGUUCACAGCUACCGUAAAUGUACGAGGAAAAUACAACACACUUUACGAUCAAGGUGGUUUAAUGCUGCGUACUGAUGAAAACAAUUGGAUCAAAUGUGGCGUGGAGUAUGUUGAUGGUCAACAAUUCGCUAGCGUCGUCGUAACGGUCAAUGGAUGGUCUGACUGGAGCGUAGUUCCAAUCAAUGCACCAGAAAUUCUAAAACUACGUACUAGAAGAGAAAAGGAAGCCGUUCAUAUUGACUUUGCUGAGGGUGAAGACGGAGAUUUUCAAAUGAUGAGAUUGGCUUAUUUGCCGAUUACAAAGAGAUCAAACGCUAUACUGGUUGGAAUUAUGUGUGCAUCUCCAAAUAAUGCCACACAAGGAUUCGAUAUUAGCUUCGAAGAUUUAAAUAUUACGAUAGACCACUAUACAAAUGGAAGUGUACACUUCGGUAGUUGUUAUACUUUUCUGUUUUUAUUCAUUUCGUUGUUGUUGUCAUUCGAUUUCAAAAAUUCCCUAUUUUUAACAGAAUCCUGGUAUAUGUGA